AUGCGAAUUUGGACUCCUAGAAAAAAGAAAAAUGUUAUAGGUAGAAUAGUCACUGCUAAUCUAUCCGAGGGUGAACGAUAUUUUUUGAGAGUUUUAUUAAAUCAUAUUAAAGGGUCAAAAUCUUUUGAAGAUUUAAGAACUGUCAAUGAUGUCAUUUUAUCUACUUAUUGUGAGGUAGCGGUUUUAUAUGGUCUUCUUAGUGGAAAUAACUAUUCUGAGAGUUGUUUAACUGAAGCAGUUGUUUACCAAAUGCCCAUAUUAUUGCGUCGAUUAUUUGAUAAUGUGUUGACUCUGUGUUGUCCUACAAAUCCAAGAAAUUUAUGGGAUAAAUUUAAGGAUUUUAUGAUGGAAAAUUAUUUACAUAAUGGUAUAUCACAACAGAGUGCUGAGAUGAGAGCUUUGCAUUGUAUAAAUUCUUUCUUGAAAGGUGUUGGUAAAAAUGUGACUGAUUUUGGCUUGGUAGAUUUCGAUUUGAAUGUGACUGAUGAUGAUAGCUUUCCAUGA